CAGACGUGGAAUCGCAGCCCUCCCUCGACACCCACACCAUCACAUACACACACACACACCUACACACAUACACAUCCUUCACAGCUGCAAGAACACGUAGCCUUAUGUGUCCAACUCAGACGGUGAACUGAUCACACAGUGCAGGAGACAAGUGUGGACAGGAGUGCAGCACAGCGGGCUCGACUCCACCUUCACCUAGCGCCUGUGUCAUGUAUUCCCUUUCAUGGUUCGUAAGGCAACUAAUGGUGACGUUUACGAUGGCUGGGAUGGAGGUAAUGGUGGCGGGUGGCAUCACCAUUCCGGGACACACACAGGACACCCUCAUGUCCCUCAGGCGGCUGGUGGGAAAACAUUAUUACCCGCAAGGAACAGUCACUCCCUCUUACGAUCUUCCAGCUGGCCUGUGCCUCGCCCAGUCAGCUCUUGCCCUUGUUUCUUCCCAGCCCUGGAGCCGCACCAUGUGGGACGCUAGCGGCAAGAUAGCGGACGGCAUCGGUGCAGGAGGUACUGAGACUCGUGGUCACCCUGAUCUGUGUGAGGACGUCUCGGCUCAUUUCCCUGGUACACUCCUAUCCCACCUCGAGCCUCACCAGCAGCGCCUGGCCCUGCACAACAUUACCCUAACAACCUUUAGCCAUGAAGUUAUACAGCAGCGAGAUACCACCCUGAGGGGCCGCUACUGCCUCGUCUCCGUCAGGGGAGAGGAGGAAGUGGAAGAUCAAGGAGGAAGUGGCGGAUCCUGGCAGCUUGUUAGAGCACUGGCGGGCAAGUUCGAGCACUCGUACGCCACCUGUGUACCGGACACCUGCACCGAGAGCUUCCUUCAGGAGUCUUUACAACGGCAACAGGUCCCAGGCGUGUUCCUCACCGUCACCUGUCACCGCCAAGACCACAACGCUCACCCCAGGGACCUCUCCUUCUUGCUGGUGACGGCGGUGCUGGUGGUGCUGGUGACGGCGGCAACCAUGCUUGACCUUUACCGUCCGUGCCCAAGUGCGCCAGUGAAGUGCUCUUGUCUCCCAGGCAAACAGUUGCUGCACUGCUUCUCGCUGACACAGAACUGGACGCAACUAAUGAGCCACAGCACGGCGGAAACACACCUGCAAACCCUGGAUGGCAUCAGGGUGACCAGUAUGAUGUGGGUGAUCCUAGCACAUCGGUACAUGUUCUUCCUUAUUUCCGCUGCCAACCCGCGUGACAUUACCAAGCACAUGAGAGACUGGAGGUACUGGUGGGUCUUCAACGCCUAUCCCUCCGUGGACACCUUCCUCUUCAUCAGCGCCUUCCUUGUGUCAAUCUUCCUCAAAAAGCGCAUCGCAGAGUUCACCUUCCCCGGCUAUUGUAUUCAGCGAUACUUGAGGUUGGUGCCAGCGAUGGGCUACGUAAUGUGGACGUGUACCAGCCUCCUGCCGCACCUGAGUUCGGGUCCCGUGUGGGAGAGGACUUACGAGGGACUAUUUGGCCGCCCCUGUGCUAACGCGGCCUGGUCCAACCUUCUCUUCCUCAAUAAUUUCAGUGAUCCCAGCGACAUGUGCCUGGGUCACCUGUGGUCGCUGGCUGUGGAGUGGCAGCUGUACCUAGUGGCGCCCCUUCUGCUGCUGCCCGUGUACCGCUGGCCCUCCUGGAGGUGGCGCUGGCUUCCCUUGGCCGCCUGCCUCACCAUGUCCGUCCUGCUGCCGGCGUUUAUCACCCUCGUGAACGACCUGCCUCCCACUGCCACACAUUGGAACGAUGAAGCCACGCGAGCGUACUACAGCACUUACUACGUGGUGCCGUGGUGCCGCGCGGGGCCUUACCUGGUGGGCCUAGCUGCAGGUGUACUAUACCACUGGCUAGAUGAAAACAACCUCAUUUUAACACAGGGGUGUGUGCGGGCGUGCGGCGCGGCGUGCUGGGCGGUGGCGGUGAUAGUGGUGGUGGGGCCCUCCUGGAUCAACGGCAGUGGGACUCUCUGGGCAGCGGUGUACUCCUCCCUAGCAAGACCAGCCUGGGCCGCCGCUCUCGCCUUCUUCGUGAUCAACGCCUUCAAGGGGCAGCCAGGGGCGGUGUCUUGGUUCUUCUCCCGGCCUGUCUUCACACCCCUGUGUCGCCUCUCUUACUGCAUGUUCCUGGUGUCGCUACCUCUCCAAGCUCUAGCAGCCGCCAGGCCACACAAGAUUCAUUAUGACCACCUCACAGCGGCGUACCUGGUGCUGGGGGACCUGUGUCUGAGUGCCCUCGUCAGCGUGGUGGUGUUGCUCCUGGUAGAGGCCCCAGCGGCACGCCUCCUCACCCUUCUCACCUCAGGCAAGCUAUGGCGACACCCCAAGGCUGCCAGCGCUGCGACAGAGAUGAUUAAAAAAGAUAACAAGGAAGAGGAAGUAAAGCCUCCUAUGAGACGACAUGCCCUUCUGCUGGCCACCCUGUCCUCUCCAGCCCUCACCAACACCACCUACAGAAACCUUUGAGGCGCCUGUCACCUCACCUUAUUUAUUGAAAAGUUUAUGGACUCAUCAUGUACUCACUAUAUUAAGUGCGCCUAUAGAUAGACAUUGAUUUAUUACCAUGUAUAUUCAUUCCAUGUUUGUGUUCGUACUGCGGAAGCCUCACUUCAACAGCUACCAAAUAAUGACGUAGAGCACAAGGAGAGAAGGGAGGCUACAAGAAGUAAAUAGGUCUACAGAUUGCAGUCACCUUUUAAAA